ACACUGAGCGCGCGGUGCAGAAAGGGCGCACACGACAGCAGCGCAUUCCCAUCCAUCCACACACUGACAGACGAACCUUUGCGUUAUCCUCCUCCCUGUAUUGAAGAGAAUGGAGCUAAAACAGACGUCGGACUAAUUGCACCUGAUGGACUGAAUGCAGUGACUGUGAAUCUUUUGGAUUUCUUUGAUUGAACUUUACGCGCAGACACUCAGGAGAGAAAAAUGUGGAGAUACACGAACUUGUUCGCUUUUCUGCUGGUUUUGUGUCAGGAUGUGUCUUCACAGAGCAAGAUCUUUGGGGAGACAGAGCCCGUCCGCAUGACCUCAGAGGGCUCAGACUGUCGCUGUAAGUGCAUCAUGCGCCCUCUCAGCAAGGAUGCCUGUGUGAGGCUGAGGAGUGGCAGUGUUCGAGUGGAGGAUUUCUACACAGUGGAGACCGUCAGCUCGGGAUCUGACUGUAAGUGCUCCUGCACAGCCCCACCGUCGUCCCUGAACCCCUGUGAGAACGAGUGGAAGAUGGAGAAGCUGAAGAAGCAGGCUCCUGAGUUACUGAAGCUCCAAUCUAUGGUGGACCUCCUCGAGGGAACACUUUACAGCAUGGAUCUAAUGAAAGUCCACUCCUACAUCAACAAGGUGGUGUCUCAGAUGAACACGCUAGAAGAGACAAUCAAGACAAACCUCACACGGGACAAUGAAUUUGUCCGGGACAGCAUGGUGACCCUUACCAACCAGUUCAAGAGAUACGAGAACUACUCCAACGUGAUGAUGAGCAUCAAGAAGGAGAUCUCCAGCCUAAGCCUGCAGCUGCUGCAGAAAGAUGCAGCUGAGAGCAGAGCUCAGGACACUAAUGAUGAGAAAACUAAGGAGACUGUAAAAGCACCCAACAAAAAGAACCCUGCAGCCAAACCACCGGCCAAGACUCCAAAAGAAAAGGUCGUAAAACCCAAGAAAGAGGUCGUUAAACCCGGGAAGUCGGUCAAGCCUGACCCAACAGCCAAAGCCAAGGUGGCUGGCCACCAGCCUGGCGUGGUGAGGGGAAUCACAUACUACAAGGCUGCCAAGACUGAUGAAGAUGAGCACAGAGGAGACCAGCCUGCGAAAACAUACACAGUCCAUCACAUCACAGAAAACCAGUCAGAGGAUGGAGGAGCUGAAAUGGUCCUGGAGGCCAUGGAUGCCACUGUGGCUGACCGGGUAGCCGCAACUGAAGUCCCACCGGCUACUACGACUACCACCACCACAACUAGUACCACCACAACAGCCACCACCACGACUGCACCUACGACUGUCACCACACAAAGCACGUCAGCACCUGAAAGACCCGCUCCAACCAUUGUGCUGAUGCUUGACAACUCCAACAACAACAGCCGGCCCAGUCUGCAUCGAGCAGGGAAGAUCAUGAACUGUGAAGGGACUCUGGCGUCCAUAGAGCAGCCAGAGAAGCAUCACAGUUAUGGGCGCAAUGAGGGUGCCUGGAUGAAGGACCCCCUGGCUAAAGACUCCAAGAUCUACGUCACAAACUACUACUACGGCAACAAUUUGGUGGAGUUUCGCAACCUGGACAACUUCAAGCAAGGCCGGUGGAGCAACCUUUUCAAACUGCCCUACAACUGGAUCGGCACGGGUCAUGUGGUUUAUAACGGAGCCUUCUACUACAACCGAGCCUUCACCAAGAACAUCAUCAAGUAUGACCUGAGGAUGCGAUAUGUGGCUGCCUGGACUCUGCUGCAUGACGUGGUCUACGAGGACACCACCCCCUGGAAAUGGAGGGGACACUCAGACAUUGACUUUGCAGUGGACGAAAGCGGCCUGUGGGUGAUUUACCCUUCGAUAGACUACGAUUACAACCAGCAGGAGGUGAUUGUCAUCAGCAAACUGGAUCCUGGAGACCUGUCCUUGAAAAAGGACACAACCUGGAGGACAGGUCUCAAGCGUAACUCCUACGGGAACUGCUUCAUCAUCUGUGGUGUCUUGUACGCUGUAGAUGUGUACAACCAAAAAGAAGGCGAGGUGAACUAUGCUUAUGACACACACACCAAUACCGAAGCCAUCCCACGCCUGCCCUUCACCAACGAGUACUCCUUCACCACCCAGAUUGACUACAAUCCCAAGGAGAAGGUUCUGUACGCCUGGGACAAUGGCCAUCAGCUCACUUAUCACAUUAACUUUCUUGAACAGUGAGGUUCACUACAGACACGCUCACCAUAGGUCCGCCAGUGUGGCGCCUAAGUCAAAAGGAGACACUCAGACUUGACAGUAGAAGCAGCCAUAUUGGACUCAACAGGACAAAGGAUGAACCUGCACCAGCCUUUCACUACCAAUGCAUGCUAUUUAAACAACGGACCUCACAGUGUACGGAUCAUACAGGACUUUAAAUGUGUUCUGUGUCUGUAGAAUCGACCGCAGGAAGUGGAACAACCUCACAGGUUGAGUUAAAGCUCAUGAGGAAGAACUUAAAGCAGAGAGAUUUAAUAUGUUCAUAUGGUUUAUUAACUAGCAGACAGAUAAUAGAGAUAUCAUUUGUGACAUAACAGAGAUUUCUAUCAGGGCACAAGCUGCAUUCUGGAUCCCUCACUCGGAGACAUUUUAGUUUUGUGUAACUCACAGUAGCUACAGCUGAACAUCAGAACGCAUUCAAAGAGGAUUUGUAUCCACGUUUAAACAGUGAAGACACACAAGGAUCACUGCAAACCAAAGGUAUUGUUUAAAACAUGGUGUGACAUUUUUAGAUCCCCUCCUCUAGCCAAACGAAAUUGAAAAGAGCUCAGUCUGAGAAAUGAAGGCUUCAUUUGCUAGUCUACACACAAGGCCUGUUAGGUUAAAAGCAUUUGUCUUAUGCAUUGGAGAAUCCGCUAAAACUACAGGAGAGGUUUUAGGAAACAGGGUUGGCCAUUUUCUAACUUCUGUGUUUGCUCGUAUAAAAUACUGGGGCUGAUGGGAGCUAAUAAGUGAUGAAUACUUUUACUGCCUCAAAGAAAGAAAACCUUACUUUAAACCAUCCGACUAGAGACUAGCUGCAAACUGACCUCCUGCACAGUGCCCUGCAAACUGAAACAUCUGCAGUUAUUGUAGUCCAAGUUGCCUCAAUGUGUAGAUACAUUUCUGCAAAGAUGCACAUCGAGCCCGCGGAAGAGGCACGUCAUGACGUCAGAUUUACAUGACCGCUUUUCCCAGCUAGAGCAAACUUUCCCUCACAACAACAACGAUGGCAGACAAUGGCAGCUUGUCUCCUCGGCCGACCACUUUGUCUUGGAAUCCAUUAGUCUCUUUGAUUUUUCGCUGCAGGACAAUGGUGGAAAUUUUGAUUACGGCAACCGCCGUUGACUUAAGCGGUUCAAGGUUCUAGACCAGUAAAGAGUUGGAGCCGCUCUGGAUUCGGUUUACCUGGCCGGGAGCCGGUUAACUUUGCAGUCAAAACAUGAAAAACUGGUUCUCAAUUGAGCGCCGGCUCCGAACUGGCCCUGAAACUGCCCUUAGUUAAACAUACUGUUUAUAUUGAAAUACAUUUGUCACCAGAAUUUAAGCGGUUUCCAAUGACAAAUCUUGCCGACCAUUUUAAGAGUCCAAAGUUGGAGGAAGCAUAUAAUUAUUAAGCUGUCAUCUAACAUAUCCGCCAUUUAAUUUACCCUCCUGUGCUCACUUAUAAACAUCCCCAACCAAUCAGAACUUAAAGGUGACAUAUCAUGCAAAAUGGACUUUUUAAUGGUUCUCUACCUGAAAUAUGUUUCCCUGGCAUGUCUACAAACCCCCUGAAGAAUGAAAAGAAUCCAUUCUGCCCCUGUUCUGAUUUCUCCACCUUUCUGUAAAUGUGUGCUGAAACCAGCCGUUUCAGUUUUCAGUGUUUUUCAUACGUCACAACGCCAUCCGGUCUGUAACAGGAAGUCAGAGCUCGGAGCUUGUUCAGCCCAUAGACUGUAUAAAAUACAACUCAACCCCUCCUCUGUUUUUCAUUCCCUGCACCUGUGUGGUAACAAGGAGCUUAGGAGGGAGGCAUGCUAGUUGUAGGCUGUCUUAAUGAACACAAAGGUCGGUUUUACUCCCCACGUCUGCAGAUUUGAAGAUCUAGUGGAUGAUUUUUAUUCUUCAUUGAAAAGUGCUAGCGCUAGUUAGCAUAGCUACAUAGCUACAUGUUCGUAGCUGUGUACCAAGACACACGUUGACAUACUGACAAAUAAAACAACAAGAAACACAAAAUCUGGGACCAAUAGUUCAGAAAGGUCCUGCUGCAGGCGCCUCUCCGUCAGGAUCAGAUUCUGGAUCAGAUUCAGAGGGUUGAUGUAACGCAAGUCUGUGAGCAGCCAACAUGUAAACAUUAGAUCAACGUGCUGGACAGCCGAGGGGAUAUCCACUUCCUGAGGGGGCGUGGUCAGAGGGAAAACAGAGUGUUCUGAACAGGGCUGAAGAAGAGGGUUUUUCAGGCAUGCCAAAAUCUGAUUUCAAAGUGUUUUUUUGAGCAUAAACUUUAAAGACAUGUUUGGGGGACCUCUUAGACCAAUAUAUAUUGAUGAAAAAAGCGUGAUAUGUCACCUUUAAGACAGCUUUGAGACAAGAAUCAGUGCUACAAGUUCUUUUCAAUGAAAUCCUUUAAUUUAUUGUCCUGUUCAGGCCCAGCUACAAGUUACUGUGACGGUUAACAUCGAACGAGUGAGCGGAAACAAAGUGCAGCUUCAGAGCUUUCCUGGUGUUCUGUUUUCUGAGUUGAGAUUUUUUAUAAGCUAGGAUGUAGUGACAGGAAAUGCAGUAUACGUUUUUUUUAUUCACCUUCAGUUGUGGUUGUUUCAUUCUGUUUAAAUGUUGACUUAUCUAACAAUUCUGUUAUCAAAUGUAGCAUGGGUAGAGAAAGCAAACAUCCUCCAGUGUUCACGAUUCAGAUCCCUUGAAUGGGCUGUACACGUGUUAUUUGGCUCUGCCCCCAAUCUUUAACUCAACCAAUGAGAUCAUUUCUGCCUGCAGAAGAAGUCUCUGUUUGAGGAACAUUUGUACUCACUCCAUCCUUUCACCUCGCACUUUGAUCAUGACUCUGCAUUGAUCAUUAUUCCUGCCUCAUGAUGUCUUUUUACCAUUGAUAGCUUUUUAAGGAUUUGUUGAGGGAUAUGAUGAGAACUCCAAAAAAAAAACCUGUGUGUGCGCUUCAUGUUCCACAUUUAGCUGAUUUCAUUCAACGUUUUUAAUCUCCAGGCUUCUUGUAAAGUUUCUUUGUACAAAGCUUUUGUAUUGUUAGCACAUUUCAUAACCACUAAUGUUGUUGUAAAUCUUGAGUAUUUGAACACUUGCAGAAAAGGUGUCGUGCACCAUUAGUUGUCCCUCAAACCAUAGAUGUCUUUACUUCGGAGAAUGUGUGUCACUUUGAACGGUGGUGGUGUUUAAGUUGGGACCUCCAUAAGACCUAAUCACUGACAACUAACGGCCAAAUUCCACUGGAUCCGUGUCCGUCCGUCUCUGCUUCGUCACGGCACCGGAUCUGAUAGGUUUCUAUUCUAGUCAACGUGUUAACUUCCACUGGAUCCGCUUCGUUGUGUUCUGGCUGCGUCUCUGAUCUGGCAGGCCGGAGCCCUCCGGAUCAGAUACGCAAGACUUCUAUUUUCAAUCUCAACAGAGCAGAUGGAGCAGGACAGGAAGUCAGGUUUCACCAAAACAAAAUGAAAACAUCCGGUUAAUUUUCAGAAUAAAACACUGUGUUAUCACCAGAUCGUAUUUCACUUAACUACAACAACAAACCAAAGUCAUGAUGAGCAGAGCCAGGCCUGGAGUCAACAGGUCAGAGGUUUUCAGAGGACCAGAAAGACAACAUAGAUGAGAGGAGGAGGAGAAUCCUUGAUUCAGUGAUUACGAUGGGAAAUUUGGUCACAUGACUCCAGCUGUCCAACGGUCUUGCUCCGUGCUGCGUUCUGGAAACGCAGUUGAUGGGUGUUGAUGGAUGAGAGAGCACGGAGACGGACCAGACACGGACUGGUGGAAGUCCUGGGUUAGAGUUUGAGUCAACACUGAGACUAGUGAGGGUCUAACACUGCCUUUAACACCACCGGUGUAAUGUAAAACACGGAAACCCAGAUACACCUGAUCUGAAGACCCAGACUCACAUACAAACAUGAACAGAAAAUACAUUACACCUCUUCCACAUUCACCUCUUUAAUGCCUUAUAUAGUAUGGUUGUAUGCUUAAGUGUACCAUGAGUACUCAAAUGUUGUUGCAGAGGUGAUUCAUAUCAAAGUAAAAGAAACUCCUGCUAAAAUAAGCUCCACUAUCUCUAUCCAACUAUAGCAUACACUAUACUUUAGCAACAUAGCUUUACGUGUACACUUCUCUACAUCGUUUAUCACUGGCAUGUUGUUGGUUCCAUUUAAAGCAGUACAGUUUGCACCCAUUCACAAUAAUAACAACAUAAUUCAGACACACUGAUCAUGUCAUUUUGAGAUAAGCAGAAGUUGUGAUUCAGGUUCUUUUAGUCUGAGAUUAUUGAGACAGGACUCAAAAAGGAGAACUUCAAACCGCAGUCUUCAGAUGAGUGUUGAAGUCAAAACAACACUAGGAUAUGUUGUGCAUUAAGACACGAGGUAACAUUAAUUCAUACGCUGUUUUGGUCUUGAACACCACGUAUGAUUCAUAACCGUCUUAUUAUGCUUGUUCUCAAAUAAUCAGGAGUGUUUUAUGUUUAUUCAUACAUGCUUUCUGAUUUCUGUUCAUUUGUUCAAGUUCAAGUAAUACUGUCAUGAAAUGUAAACACAACACUUGAAAGCAGCUGUGUCUGUGCUAUGAAAUAAACUUCUAAUGAU